UGUAACCCGAUCCCAUAUUUAGUUCCUGUGUAGUUUGGAAGAGUAGAGCAUGGGAAGGGGAAAGGACAUUGUUUCUGCGAUCCAGCCCAGCUUCCAGCCUGUGAGCCUUUUCAGAACUUGGUAAACUUAACCCCACCCCUCAGGGCUGUCCUGCUUUUUAUUUGUAUGUCUGUGGUCCAACUGAGUUCAGAUGGAGUGUUGUGUGCGUGUGCGAAGAUGAGCCGGAGUCAUGAGGCUGGGCUGCUCCAAGUGUUUUUAAUCAGCCCCUCUUCAGGAGAGGAUGGAAAACGUCUGACAGGGCGAGGAACGGAGCUGGAGACUGCUUCUGGAAGAACCGUUCAUCCCAGAGACCUGUGACUUUUUCCUAUGGAAGAACUCAGGUCCAGAAACCAUGAAGACGAUUUGAACAAUCUCUGGAAAAAAGCACACUUUAUUUUGUAUUUAAUGCUGAAGACAAGUAGCUGCACGGACUGCCCUUACGAUGUGGAAAUGGGACGAAAUUAGAAACUUACGGUGGCCAUGUCUUGCCGGCAAAUCCUGCCUGGAAGGAGAUGGUGUCGGCUUCGCCCAUUCCUGGUGGUGCUUGUGUUGGGUGCUUGCCUUUUUUAUCAAACUUUGACACCUUUAAAAACAAGGAGGUAUCUUUCACCAACUGGCAAUGGCGUUCUGAUAAACAAAGUGGUCGAAGUCCAACAAGGGACGUACAAAGAGGUCUCCAAAAGGCAGGUCCAAUGCUUCCUUCCUUCAAAUGACCUGCAAGCACAGAAGGAGAUUAAGGAUGCAAUUUUUAAAUAUUUUGGAAGCCAGACAAGAACAGGAAUACUUUACAUCCUCCCGUCCGGUAGUAAACAAGACUUAAAAUUAUAUCAACAUAUCCUUGCACAACACCAGUAUGAAGUUACAGUCCUUGAAGAUUCGAAACUGAGCAGAUAUGAAAUCCCCAAUCAAGAAUUAAGCUCUUGGGAUCUUUUGAUUUGCCUGUCUUCCAGAAAAGCUGACCAUGAAAAUUGCUUAAGCAUAAUGGAAUCGCAUCGACCAACGUUAUUGCAGAAGGCAAAUGCUCUCCCCUGGAUACAGCAUCUACUUUGCAAAAAGGAAGGAUUGUGCCAGAUAGAGAGAACAUUUCCAGGUUUACACCUUCCAAUUGCCCUCCCUGCUUGCCCAGAAUCAAAUAUCGUACCUCUUCAUACCGUGAAGCCCCAGGACAACUAUGAAGGGACACGUUUGACCCAAAUGUUUUAUCAGCCCAUCAAGAAGGCUCAGCAGCAUCAAAUACCAAUUGAAGUUGACAAUAAAGGAGCCUUUAAAAUCCAAGACCUUUCAGUCAUCAUCAAAGUAUAUGUCCUAGUGACAUCUCUAACACCUCUGAGAGCAUUCAUCCAUUCAACUGGUGUUGUGUUGUAUGCACCCAAAAAGAAGCACUUUUCAGUCAAGCUGCAAGCCUUUUUUGAGAACUUCUUCACCACCAGCUCCCCUCAGCAGGCUUUGGAUGACAUGAAAGACGCAAUAAGCAAACUCUUAUUAAUAACUGAGGUUUUCAGUGAAGCGGCUUCAUCUGGACCAAAGGCUUCCAGCCAAUGCAGUUCAUGCUUUCAGAUGCUAACCUUUGAUAUUGGGUUCAGCUCUUCUAUGCAUCCGGUUGUUCUUGAGGUACAUGAGCACUUUGACGUUCCAAUUGAUGAAGAUCCAACUUUUCAGGACCAAACUGUUAAAGAAAGUAUUCUCAGAGACACUUUUGGAAUUAUCAUAUCCAACCAGUCAUCUUCAACUGCUUUCUUCAAGGCUUUACAAAAUGUGUACCGAACAGCAGGGAUUAAGAAUAAACUUCAUCAGAAGGAACUGGGCCAUUGCUUAACUUUAGAAGAAUUAAAUCCAUUGAUCAAUUUUGCACAAGAGUUUCAAAAUCUAGGACAAUUUGAAGUGCUUUUCCCCUCUACUGCUCCCAAGAGCCAUUUUUUGCUGCAUGAGCUUUAUCGGAUGGCGAAUGUAGGAGAAAACCUUGACUCAGUCCUGACUGUUCACUGGCUGCUCUCAAAUUUACUUGAACAGUUGCAAGUCAUUAACAGAGUAGCACACACGAAUCAACUAGGAAGGCUGAACAAGAAUUUUGGUAAUGCAUCUUGGAUAAAAGCCAGAUGGUCAAGACUUAGAUCGUCUUAUUCAGAAAAAGAUAGCAUUAAAACAGAAGUUUAUUCUCCAGUCAGUGAAAAGCAUGAAGGUUUGCACUUUUUCAAUUUGGCUAAAGAAAUACAUUGCAGUCAUGAUAAAGAUACCCUACCUCAUAUCAAGCAGAUUUUUACUACUCCACAUUUGGACUUAAAUCCUGUGUUUGAUCCUAAGAUCAAAGAAUACUAUGCUGAAGUCCCAUUUGAUGUGGUGACAAUCAUGAUUAAGGCAGAACCAGUUCAUUGUCAGUGUGAAGUUCACUUGGAUGAGAAGAAUGGACCAAGUGCUGCAAAUUAUCCACUUGGACUUGGAAUAAACAGAGUAAAUAUUCUGGUAACAGAUGUGUCUCAGUCAGUUCAUGAGGUUGUCAGCAUCUACAGAAUCAUCGUUUUUCGAGAAGACCGUCCCAGUUUGCCACUAUUUGAUGACUUUAUGGUGUGUGGUUUUGUACAGGAUUGUGGUUUGAUAAUACAUCCCGAGGAACCCUGUGGUUUGAAGCCUAUCUCUGCUGAUUAUCUGUCAACUAUUUCACAGCCUCAGUUAAAAGCAUGUGAAGCAGGGGACAUAAAAGGGCAAUGGAUUGUGCCUUGUCUUAGUUGUUCUGACAACAGAACCUGUGACUGGAGACAAAUAACAUGGCAGCCACACAACUGUCAAUAUCCUGUCCUCAGCAAACCAGAACUGCAACAAUGUGUAGAGAACAAAAAGGUGCUUUUUAUUGGUGAUUCAACUAACAGAGGAAUGAUGUAUUACCUGAUAGAGAGAAUGAACAAGACCCUGCAAGAGUGGCAAAAAGCUCAUGAUGUGAAGUUCUAUGACAAUGUAAAUGAUCGGAGGACCUUUAUUAGUUACUCAUAUUACCCCCAGUUUUGGAUCAGUGUAAAUCAAAGACCAACAUUUGAAGAAGCUCUAGAGGAGCUGCUGCUCAGAUCGCAACCACUACGGAACACAGGCCAGACUAUAUUAGUUGUUGGUGGUGUCCAAUGGCUUAAUUUCAAUCAUUUACAUAUUAUUCAAAGAGUACUAAAGCGAGCAAAUCUAUCAAAUAUCCAGGUAGUGAUAAAAUCCUUGGGAAUGGGUUUUCACCUGCCAGUCGAUGGAGUGCACUAUCUAUCACCAAUGGAAGUGCAGAAUUUGUGGAAUGAAAAUCAAGCAAUUUUGACCACAGCAAAACGAUAUGGCUAUGAAGUGGUUGACACUUUUAUUAUUACUAUGGGACGGUACAAGGAAUUUUUGCAAGGGAAAUGUGGAUGCCAUUUCCAUGAGGUGGUAAAAUCCAAAACUUCUGAGGAAAGUUCUUCUAUGGCGAUGUCAUUUUCAAAGCCGUAUACUCUGGGCAAAUAUUUCAACAAGCAAAGCAAUCUGGUGAAACUCCAAGCCUACGCAUCCAAUUCUCAAUCCCCUUAUCAUGUGAGAGGUCCAAUCAACCAGGUUUAUUCAGAAAUACUCCUCAGCAGGAUCUGUGCAAAUGACAGGAAAGUUGCUGGAUUGUAAUUUUGUAUGGCUGAAUUGUCAAGCUCCAGACUCGGUGCUUUGCCCAUGUGGUGUUCCACAAGCCAUACCAGACUUAUUACACACUUCUCUGCGUAGCUGAACAGACCACCGGCGUAACACGAGGCAUGUGACAUGUUUCCACAAAGUCUUAUAAAAUCAAGAUGCAUCUCCAUGCAUCUGUGGUUUCAGAAUAAGAGACAGAGAAGAUGAGAAGGGGUGGUGGGGAGGAAUUACUUGAAAUCUUGCCAAAAAUGGAAUUGGUUUUAAGCUAAGCAAAUGCAAUAUGACAUGAUGAAAAAGAAAGAGCUUUUAUAUCUAUACAGCGAGAUAUUGUAUAUAUUUUGUAGAGACUGCUCAAAUAUAGGUACAGUUAAAGAAC